UUACCCUUCAGAUAGAAGGAUGCCGAACUGGGGAGGUGGAGUCAAAUGCGGCGCCUGUGAGAAGACCGUGUACCACGCCGAGGAAAUCCAGUGCAAUGGAAGGAGUUUUCACAAGACGUGCUUCCACUGCAUGGCUUGCAGGAAAGCUCUGGACAGUACCACAGUAGCAGCUCACGAAUCUGAAAUCUACUGCAAAACUUGCUACGGGAGAAAAUAUGGUCCCAAAGGUAUCGGCUUCGGACAAGGGGCAGGAUGUCUCAGCACUGAUACUGGUGACCAUCUGGGCUUGAAUCUGCAACAGGGGUCACCAAAGCCUGCUCGCCCUUCUACACCAACUAAUCCUUCAAAGUUUGCCAAAAUGAUGGUAGAUGUGGAUAAAUGUCCCCGUUGUGGCAAAUCGGUGUACGCUGCAGAGAAGAUCAUGGGAGGAGGGAAACCUUGGCAUAAGACAUGCUUCCGCUGUGCUAUUUGUGGAAAGAGUUUAGAAUCAACAAACGUUACAGACAAAGAUGGAGAGCUCUACUGUAAAGUUUGCUAUGCAAAAAAUUUCGGUCCCAAAGGAAUUGGGUUCGGUGGCCUCACUCAAGUGGAAAAGAAAGAGUGCGAAUGAGAAGAAACGGAUGCAACAGACUCAACCCGCUGUUGAUGCCAAGUGAUGGUUGUCAAGUAAAACAUUAAACAUCACAUAUUGCUAAGAACCUAGGGCAUUUGUUUAAU